GAACAGCCGCAUGAUGGGGCCGACGUGGCUGGUCCCCUUUCUGGGCCUCCUUCUCCUCCUGGCACCGAACGCGAACGGCUACGGCACGGGCGCUCCGGACAGCCGCUGCGACAGCAUGCUUCCGGGACACGGGAGCUCCGCGCCGCAAGAGAGCGCUGCCCCUUUCAACGCCUCCAGGGAGCUCCAGCCGGACAAUACCGUCAAAGUGAUACUAGCGGGGGCGAAUCCGUUCAAGGGAUUUUUCAUCCAAGCUCGACGGGCGGACGACCAGGAAGCCCUCGUUCCUGGCAAGUUCACCGUCAGCGAUGCAUCUGUCAUCCAGACCCGGGACUGCGAAGACAAGGAAAGCAGCGCAGUCACUCACCAGGAUAAAUCGGACAAGUCCGAAAUCGUCGUCUUCUGGACACCGCCGUCGGACUGGGACGGGGAAGUCGUAUUCCGGGCAACGGUAGUGCAGAGCUAUACGACAUACUGGGACCGCAUAUUCUCGUCUCCGCUGCACGUUUCCGGUGGCGGUCAAGGUCCCUCAUCUCAAGAACCUGAGACGGCGAUGCCCUCCGGGAGCCGCUACUCCGGCUGCGGAAGCUCUUUCGGCUGCUACGGCAUUCCUCAGGGCUGCCAGAAGAAGGGCUCUUGCUCCCUGCUGCUCACGCACAAGGCCGACAGGGACGGAGUCCUCUACGAGCUCGCUGCUCCUUCCACGGGCGCCGACAUGUGGAUCGCAGCCGGGCUGUCCGACUCCAAGGCUAUGGAACAUGCUCACGUCGUAGAGUGCCUCCUGAAGGGUGGUCAGACCAGCAUCCGAGAGUCCUGGAACGGAGACGGUUACAAGAACUCUCUCGUAAAAAGGACUUCGGGCGUGGACUACAGAAAAAGGGAACAUGCGGACGGAAUGUUAACGUGCUCCUGGCAUCGCAGUCACCUCACGAAUAUUGGGACACAGACAUUUAACACCCUGAAAAACAAGUACCACCUCUUACUAGCCUCUGGUCCGCUUAAAGCUGGCACGGAUGAAAAGAGCCAACAUAAACACCGAGGGGGCACAGACAGUCCCGUCAACCUGCAGCAAAGCGAGGUGUCUGUGAGCGCAUCCGACUCCGAUCUUUUCAUCAAGCUUCAUGGUUCAUUGAUGAUAACUGCAUGGAUCCUGUUUGUCAGCGUUGGAAUUCUGCUUGCCCGCCACUACAAAAAUGUCUGGGAAUCUACAAUGAUCUGUGGCGUUAAGCCCUGGUUUGCCUUUCACAGAGGCCUGAUGAUGCUCUCUGUUGCUAUGAUGAUUGCUGCGCUCGUACUCAUUUUCUACAGACUCGGGGGAUGGAGUCCGAAUGAAAACCCACACUCGAUUCUCGGAAUAGUCGCCUCUGUCUUAGGCUUGACACAGCCCAUCAUGGCUCUCUUCCGCUGCCAUCCCCAUCAAGAUCACCGAUACAUCUUCAACUGGCUGCACUGGUUCAAUGGCAACGCCGGUCAAAUUAUAGCAGUGACCGCCAUCUUCUUUGCCACGAGCCUGGAUAGGGCCCAGCUGAAGGACGCCGACUGGUUCGUGUACAUCCUGGCCGCCUUCGUCGGCUUCCACGUCAUGGUGCACGUGGUCAUGCAAGUCCACUCCAUGGUCAUGGAACGCAAGACCAAAACAUCAGUCGACAUCAAGAUGCAGGAAAUGUCUAGGAACGGAAACCACGUUGCACAUGGUGACGACAUCCAACCCCCAUCAAAAGAUGCGCCCGGUGGCGGAUUCCGGAGGUUCAUGCUCGGCAUCUACAUGGUGGUCGCUCUUUUCGUCGUGGCGGCCCUGGUUGCCACCAUCUGGUUCGCGACGUCCUGAGGACUGGGAACGUCAGCGACGCUGCUCUCGCUUCCCACACUCCUCCAGCCAAACCAAGUGCUCCAGUUUGCCUUUACACGUACACCGUUUCCCUUCAAGUCCGACUUCAGACGAUACCACGACCCCAUUGAGCCAGUCGAGCGGCAACACCAAAGUGCGUCGUCGUGGCUCUCAUCGCCUUUGUGCGUUUUGCUGCACACUGACUCAACCCAUCACCCUCAGUGAGUGAUGAGUCUAGCCGGUGAUAUCGAGCCCAUAAUGACAACGAGCGCCGUGACGGUGCACUCCUGGUUCUGCCUUGGCUGCGCUUAGACUUGGAGUGAAACGGUGUACAACGGGUUUCACACAAACCAUGUCGAAAUUCCCCAUCCGGCCAUGCCCUCGUAGACGUCUGAAUAUGUGCCACGCAAUCUUGGAUGCAAUGGGACUUCAGCGUCGGUGGAGUGGGAGAGAGCUCGGGCGGGGGUACUUGCACCAUUUUUGUUUUCAGGCCAUUCACAAUUGUGUCUUCUGGAAACCGGGACCAACCCGUGACGGCUUGGAGUGAUCUGAAGGUUUUCGUCGUGUGGUGCCCAAGGUGCCUUAUGAUGCAAUCUGUGUCCCCCUUCAUCCUCAUUGCAUACCACCACUCACUCUUGUUACAAGGAGCUCCUGGUGCCAUGACCUCGUGUUCUUGGGCGCUUCUAGAGAAAUGUUUUGAUGUUUUUGUUUGAACAGCCCAUCCUUGGAUACGCUUGAAUCAGUGCUUCUGACCAGAUACGUUACACUACGUAUCCAGAUGCGUCCGUUCGUUGCAAUUUUUAUGCAUAACAUAGUCUAAAUCACGAUUGCUUACGUUCAUCGCUGCUAACUCCCUUCUUUUAAGUUUGCUUGAUAGCGAUUCUUGGAAGUAUUCUAAUGAUUUUUUUCUACACGUUUCUACACGAAUGCUCUAACUGAGAAAGCUACAGCGUCACACUGCGAAAAGAGAUUAUUUAGUUGCGUUAAAGUUACUACACGCAACCGUGACUAAUCUGCCAAAGCUUAGGUGGUUCCUGCCAAUGCAAAUAUGUUGUUAAAUCUAUAUACAAGUUGCACACAAGAGCGCAGGAGAGAUACGUGAAAGCGACCGUGUUUUGUUGUGUUUGUCCGUCCGUUUGACACCGGAACUGUUGUCGCAAGAGCGCAGUGUAACAUUUUGUACAUAUUCGAGUAAUAUAUUGUGUAUAAUAAAAUGGUCUACUUCGUGUACAGCCUCAAA